CCAAUACACACACACACCAGUAGGCAGUGAGGCAACGAUUGAGUAAAAUGGUUCAAGAAGCGAUAGUUUAGUAGUUUAUUUAAUUUUUUUUGGCUAUUUUGCCAUUUUACUCUUGUACUUCAGUUAUUGACAUUCAUUAUUAUAAGUAGGUAUUUAUUCCACAUAAACAUCUUCUUCAAAAUUCUUUGUUUGGUUAAAAUCAUACAAUAAGUUGGAGUAUGAAUUGAAGUACUGUACCCUUGUGUUGAUUCAAGAUGACAGUCGGACCAAGCUUAGUUGUUCCAAUAGUGUUGUGGGGUAGAAUAGCUCCCACUCAUUGUAUUUCGUGCAUCUACUUAUCUCGUGAUCAAAAGACCUUGGUCACAGGAUGCUACGAUGGACAAAUUUGUUUAUGGCAUGUUGAUCCAGAAACACUGAAGAUGACCCCAAGAUGUCUUUUAGUUGGACAUACAGCCCCUGUACUGUGCCUUAGUCGUGCUAGUGUCAUCAUGGAACAAAAUUAUAUUGUCAGCAGUAGCGAAAGUGGAGAAAUGUGUACGUGGGAUUUGGUUGAUGGAAAGUGUCGUGAAACUGUCAAGCUAAAUAACGUUCAUACUCAGAUGUUGGCCUAUGUUUCUGCGGGUGGAGAAGAUGUUAAAUUAUUUUGUUCCGGAUAUUAUCCAGAGGUAUUGGUGAUGGAUCCAUUCAGCUUAGAAGUUUUAUUUACUCUCAGUUCUCGCGUUAAUCCUGAUUGGAUCAGUGCUCUACAUGUGCUGAGGCCGGCCAAAAGGAAAGGUCGGUUCUACGUACACACAAAUGAUGUGGUUCUUGCACUCACAACCACUGGAACUGUUAAAGUCUGGACCUUAUUGGGACAUGAAAAUCGAAAUAGUGAGCCACUUUAUGAACAUGAAAGUAAACAAAUUAGAUGCCUCAACGCCUUGGCUAUGACUUGCUGUCCUUAUAAUCAACGAACGGUUUUAAUAGUCUGUUCAAAAUAUUGGCAGAUUUAUGAUGCUGGAGACUUUUCAGUGCUUUGUUCCGUUCCUGCACGAGUUGGAGAACGUUGGAUGGCUGGUGACUUCCUAGCAACAGAUCAAGUAAUAGUAUGGAGUGAUGAAGGACACGGAUAUCUUUACAAACUACCGGCAAACAAGCUGAAGGGCAAGGCUCUCAGCAGUAGUGUAGCUGACAACCAGGACUUUCAUACGCCUUCUGCUGAUUGUGAUCAACCAUAUUUAUUCCAAACUUUAUCUCCACCAGGUGAUAAGCCUUUAUCAUGCCCUCCUGCAAUGAGAUUAGUAACAGUGCAACGACAAAAUAAAACAAUAAAAUAUCUAAUACGGGGUGACAGCGAAGGAGUUAUCAUGUUAUGGACAGUACCGGAAAUGACAUCUCAACAAAUUUCCGAACUUGCUCACAAUUCUACAUCAGAGUCAAUUCUAGCUCCAACAAUUACAACAAGCCUCACUGCUGCUUGGGAUGGAAUGAAACCUCCUCCUGUAGGAAUUUUAGAUCAAAUGGAUACUGGAGAUGGUCAUGGAAUUAAAUUGACUGCUUGCAUAUAUCUUCCACAACAGAGUAGAUUAGUUGUUGGUAGAGAAGAUGGUAGUAUUAUUAUUGUUCCUGCAACACAAACAGUUAUGUUACAACUACUUCAUGGUAAUCAUCAACAUUAUGAUGAUUGGCCACCUCAUCAAGUUCUACUUGGUCAUUCUGGUCGAGUCAAUUGUCUUUUAUAUCCUCAUAGUGCUGCUUCGCGCUAUGAUAGAACCCAUCUGGUAUCAGGAUCUGUUGACUUUGCUGUUUGUUUGUGGGAUCUCUAUGCUGGAACAUUGAUUCAUAGAUUCUGUGUUCAUGCUGGUGAAAUAACACAGUUAAUGAUACCUCCAGAUAAUAGUAGUCCAAGAAUACAAAAAUGUGUCUGCAGUGUUGCUUCAGACCACAGUGUUACUCUUCUUUCUUUAGCGGAACGAAAAUGUGUAGUUUUAGCUUCAAGACAUUUAUUCCCAGUUGUUACAAUUAAAUGGAGACCGUUGGACGAUUUUAUGAUAAUUGGAUGCUCUGAUGGAGCUGUUUACGUGUGGCAAAUGGAAACAGGUCAUUUAGAUCGUGUCCUUCAUGGGAUAAUUGCUGAAGAAGUUCUGUAUGCAUGUGAUGAGAAUACAAUUGCAGCAGCUGGUGGUUCGACUGCUGGAGGUGAAUUAGGCUUAGCCAAUCCUGCUGUUCACUUCUUUAGAGGUCUACGACAUCGCAAUUUAUCAGCCAUUCGUCAUGCAACUCAGAGAGGCUUACACCAGCUUCAACAACUUCAUGGGGGUCAUGGUAACGAACAGGAUUGUCAUAUGAAAACUAAAGGAGUACCGUUAAUGAUUCAAGGCUUCCGUAGUAAUCCAAAAGAUCCAGAAAGCCAUAUUUUAUUUUUUGAUGUUGAAGCGUUGAUAGUACAAUUAUUGAGUGAGGAGUAUGGUUCAAUGUCUCCGGGAUCAUUGGAGGCUCAGGGUUUAAUUUCAGCUUCAGAAUAUCAAAAAGUAGCAGCAUUGACCCAAUCAGCAAGUCCCGAUGCUCAUAAAAAAAUUGCAGACUUUUUUGGUCGUGUCAAGGAUAAAGCAGGCGAUGUUGAACGAAUGCUGAAGGAAAAAGAUCGUCAUGGUAUAUUGGCUAAAAUGAAGGAGGGUGCAGAAAACGUACACACUAAGUUGCAGGCAAAAGCUGAAAGCGUUGGCCUCAGGCCGUUAAAUCUUGACGGCAAAGGUGAAGGAUGGAAUAACAAUGAUGUUGCAAGAAACAGUUUGAAACGCAAUGGGAAUUUUAAUGAACCCAAUGCCACAAUGGAGAUAGCACAACUGUUGUUGAGUCUUCUUCAUGCUUGGGGGAUGGAUCCAGACUUAGAUAGAGUUUGUGAAAGUAAAUUAGGAUUGUUGAGACCCAUGGUACCAAUCUCUUUUGGAGUUUUAUCAAAAGGAGGGUACAUGUCAUUAUUGCUACCAACGUGGCAAUUCCAAUUGGAUCUUUCAAUCAUACCAAUAACUCAAUUGGAGCAACGUCUACCACCUGAAAUGAUUCGUCAAGAUCGCCUUACUAAAGCCUUUACUGCUCGAGCACAUUGGGAAUUAUCAACAACACUUACUAGUAAUCAUCUUUUAGCAGUUGUUGCGUUAGCUAAUACUUUAAUGUCUAUGAAUAAUGCCACAUUUGUACCUGAGCAAGAACGUAAUCGUAAAAUGCAUAGACCAGGAAAUCGUACUGGGGUUAAUUGGAAUAAAGCUGAAGAGGAAAAUGAAGAAAUGUACACAGUUCAACAAGCUCAAAUAAAACAAGGAUGGUCACUUCUAGCAACUUUGCAUUGCGUUCUUUUGCCUGACAAAGUUGCUGCUCAAGGAGGAGCAAAGACAUUCAAGCGUCCACAAGUAGAAAUGAUGGCAAGGAGAUGGCAACAUCAAUGUUUAGAAGUUCGAGAAGCAGCUCAAGCUCUCUUACUUGCCGAAUUAGGUAGAUUAGGUCCUAAAGGUAGGAAAGCGUUGGUAGAUUAUUGGUCUCAGUAUCUUCCAAUGUACAGUACUCAAGAACCAAUUGCACCACAGCCUCAGAAUCAUUCUCCAUCUUCUUCAAGUCCUGUACCGACUGUAGAAAAUACACAACCGGAUGAAGAUGAUGAAGAGGAAGAGGCUGCUGAAGAAAUCUGUGCCACUCGGAAACCUUCAAGUGCCGCAGAGUUAAAGAGAAAACAAACGACCGCAGUAGUACUAUUAGGUGUUAUUGGAGCUGAGUUUGGACAGAAUGUUUCUACAACUAAUCAAAGAAGAGACAGUGAUCAACGGCGGAAGAGUUCUGUGGUUGAAGGCUUUGGAAUUGGAAAUAAUAAUUUAGCAAGACAUACUAGCAUGGCUUUAACACAUUUACUACUUGCGCCUCAUUCAUCGAAACUACCAAUGCACACAUCUUUAAGACGAGCAGCUAUUGAUCUAAUAGGUCGUGGUUUUACGGUCUGGGAGCCUUAUUUAGAUGUUUCAAAAGUUCUUCUCGGACUUCUUGAAAUGUGUUGUGAUGCUGAUAAACUUGUACCAAGCAUGACGUAUGGUUUACCUUUGACUCCACAAGCCGACACUUGCAGAACUGCACGGCAUGCAUUAACUCUUAUUGCCACAGCUCGACCUGCUGCAUUUAUUACCACUAUGGCUCGAGAAGUUGCAAGGUUUAAUACUCUUCAACAAAACGCACAAACUCUUAAUGUUAAUUUGAACGCUAGCGUUCUCGCUAGAGCUAAACCAGAAAUUCUUAGAAUAGUUGAGCAAUUGAUUGAUAAAAUGCAAAGUGAGAUGAGUGAUUUAUUAAUCGAAGUUAUGGAUAUAAUUUUGCAUUGUCUGGAUCCUGGUCAUUUGAAAACGAAACCACUUAAUGAAGUUUUCCCAGCAGUAUGCAGAUUUAAUCAGGUCAGCCACUGUUCAGCAACUCGUAGAAUAGCAGUCGGUGGUCGGCUAGGUCAAUUAGCAUUAUACGAAUUACGGGGUAACGUCAAAUGUCAACUAGUGUCUGCCCAUCAAGGUCCUGUCACCGCUCUGGCCUUUUCCCCUGAGGGAAAGUUUUUAGUCAGUUAUUCUUGUUCGGAAAAUAAACUUUGCUUCUGGCAGCAAACGAGUAGUGGAAUGUUUGGCCUAGGAAAUUCUCAAACUCGCUGUGUCAAGUCGUACAGUACAGCACCAAUAAAUGAUGUUACACGAUUAAAUCCAAUGCGGCUGGCCCGUUUAAUUUGGAUAAAUAAUCGAACUGUCACUCUAAUGUUAGCAGACGGUUCAGAGACACGCUUUAACGUUUAAAAAUAACAAAUAUUGACAAAAGAAAAUAUAUAUCCUUUAUUUAAAUAAACAAAAA